UCAAGCUUGAGAGGCUGCUCAGACCUGUCUUGGAGCAACCGGCUUCAGACACUGCACCCCUUCUUCUCUCUCUCCCCUUUUGUGCCCUCCUCCAAAUGGCCACUUACAAGGUCCAGGUGGCCACUGGUGACUACAUGCUAGCUGGCACCUACAGCAGCAUUUCCAUCACUCUGGUUGGCACCCGAGGCGAGAACCCCAAACAUCGGUUGGAUAACCGGGGAAAGGAUUUCGUUCGUGGGGCUGUGGAUGAGUACGAAGUGCCUUGCGAACAUGACCUGGGCCCCCUGGUCCUGAUCCGACUCCACAAGGAGCCCUAUUUGUUCUUCCCCGAGGACAGCUGGUAUUGCAGUUACGUCCGGGUGACCAACCCGCAAGGAGAGACCUACCACUUCCCCUCGUACCAGUGGCUGGAAGGAUACAGAACCCUAAAUCUCCGGGAAGGGACAGCCAAAACGGUCGCCGAUGACUCAGCCGCCCCACACCUUCUGGAACUUCGUGCAGAGGAGCUGAAAAAGCGGAGGAGACUCUUCAGUUAUGGGGAAUAUGCGCCCGGCUGGCCAAGGUGCCACAAUGUCAGUGAUGUCGAUGAUCUGGAUGCAAACUCAAAAUACCUCUUCAGUAUGUCUGCCGUCUUCGCCGUUCGCGCCGUCAAGUCGGAAUUUGAGCUCAGGCUGAAAGGAUUCUCAGGUCUCCGGGAUUCCUGGAAAACCCUAGACGAUAUCCGCAAAGUCUUCUGGUUCAACAAAACGGCUGUUUCUGAAUACGUCACAGAGCAUUGGAUGGAUGACGAUUUCUUUGGUUACCAGUAUCUGAAUGGGGUCAACCCUGUGAUGAUCCGGAAGUGCACCCAGAUCCCCGACAACUUCCCUGUCACUCAAGAAAUGGUGGGUGGUUGCUUGGGCACCUCCACCUCCCUCCAGGAAGAGUUGCAGAAAGGGAACAUCUUUAUCGUGGACUACAAAAUCCUUGAUGGCAUCCCAACAUGCGAAAUCGAGGGGAAACCCCAGUACAUCACAGCCCCGCUCUGCUUAUUGCAUCUCAAUUCCAAAGGACAGAUGAUGCCUUUGGCCAUCCAGAUUCAGCAGACCCCAGGUGCUGGAAAUCCCAUUUUCUUGCCCACAGACCGCAAAUGGGACUGGACCCUGGCUAAGAUCUGGGUGCGGCUGGCCAACUUCCAUGUCCAUGAGGUCAACAUCCACCUUCUUGAAGCCCACUUUCUGGCAGAAGUCUAUGCCAUGGCCACCCUUCGCCACCUUCCCAUGUGCCACCCCAUCUUCAAGCUUCUGAUUCCUCAUACUCGCUAUAUAUUCCACAUCAACACUCUCGCCCGGACCAGUCUUCUCAAAGCUGGAGGGUUACUCGAUACGUCGACUGCAACAGGCCGGGAUGGGAUGCUGCAACUGCUGGCCAGGGGCAUGCAGACUGCUAAAUACUCCUCCCUUUGCCUCCCCGAUGACCUCAAGGAACGAGGCGUCAGUGAGCUUCCCAAUUAUUACUACAAGGAGGACGGGAUGAGGAUCUGGACUGCCAUAGAAAAGUACGUCUCUGGUAUUGUUGGUUUUUACUACAAAAGCGAUUCCAUGAUCAAGGACGACAAGGAAUUGCAAGCCUGGAUACAGGAGAUCUUCAAGGAAGCUUUCUUGAGCCGGAAAGACUCAGGUGCCCCUUCCAGCCUUGAAACUGCAGCUGAGCUCAUCAAGUUCCUCUCCAUGAUCAUCUACUGCUGCUCCGUCCGACAUGCGGCGGUCAAUAGCGGCCAGUUUGAUUUUGCUGCCUGGAUGCCCAACACGCCGGCCACUUUGCGGCAGCCCCCUCCCAAAGUCAAGGGCACGGCCUCUUUGGAGAGCAUCCUGGACACACUCCCUGAUGUCAGCUCCACCUGCUCUUUGUUGGUGGUCCUCUCCGUCGUGAGCUAUGAGCUAGGAGAUCUGAGGCGCCUGGGCCAUUUCCCCGAUGAGCAUUUUAGCGAAGAGGAGCCCAAAAGACAUAUGGCUGCUUUCCAAGCAAGUCUGGCUGCCAUCUCUAAGUCGAUUGAGGAGAGGAACUCAGUUCUAGCUCUUGCCUACAACUAUAUCAACCCGGCUGUGGUGGAGAACAGCAUCACUGUCUGAGCUCAAAGGGGACGUUUCUUUGCCUCCAGUUUCCAUCCUUGUAACUUUUUAGGAAUGACAAUGAAGAUGGAUUUUUUCCAUUUUGACCUCUGAAAUCACUUUGAUGUUUAUGGGAUGUUCUUCUUUUGCAAUGGAUGCUCUAUACUGCCAGGAGGCUGGACUAGAUGUCCUUUAGGGUCCCAUCCAGCUCUACAAUCCUAUGAUGAUUUUGUUUCUCUUUCAAGCUCAUGAGUUACCCAUUUUGCAUGUUGAUUUUUAUGGCGAGAUGGGAACAAAGUGAAAUAAAUAAUGUUUUCAUUUAUAAUCAAUCAGUCAAUAUGUUUAUUAAUGUUUUCUUAAUCAGCUAAUCAAUAUGUUUAUUAUACUAACCAAAAGCCAUGGCAAAAAGCUAUAAAAUGUAUAUAACAUGGAUAAAUAAACAGUCUUACACUUAGAAAUA